AUGUCUGUAUCACCGGCUGUCGUCUCCAAGACCGUCGAGGUCAACGGCGUCUCCCUCUCCUACCGCGAAAGUGGAGAAGGCGAACCUCUGGUCCUCGUCCAUGGCCACAUCUCUGACCAACGCGCCUGGCUCGAUCUCGAACCCAAACUCGCCACCCGGUUCCACGUCUACAACUACAGUCGACGCUAUGCCUGGCCCAACGAACCCAUCAAGGACGAUCAAGACGCGCCCUGGGAGCAAGACGCCUUCGAUCUGGCCGCCUUUAUCGAGGCGCUGAAUAUUGGCCCCGUCCACGUCCUGGCCAACUCGUCGGGUGCGGUCAACAGUCUCUACAUCGCGCGCCGGAAACCUCACCUGUUCCGAACGUUGCUGGUGGAAGAGCCUCCCCUCACGGGACUCUUUCUCCCGACAUUCCCUCCCACCCUGACCGGGGUGCUGUCUUUCCUCCUGUGGCAUCCCAUCACGUUCUGGCCGGUGUCGAUCUUCGGCGCCACGACAAUGGGCCCGACGGUGGCGCACUGCAAGAAGGGAGAAUACGAGCAGGCCACCGAGGCGUUCUGCGCCGGCGUCAUGGGGCCCAAGUUCUGGCCGCGCAUCAAAUCCAACCCGGACCGGCUGCGACAGGUCGAGGACAACGCCAAGUGGCUGUGUCAUUUCUUCCGGUACAACAACCUGCCGAAGUACGUGGCCGAGGACGCCCAGAGUACCAAAGUGCCCAUGCUGGCGAUGGCGGGCAAGGAGAGCGGUGCGCAUCAGCGGUGGACGGUCCACGAACUCUACCGGGUUAGCGGCGCGUCCCGCAAGAGUGUCGCAUACAUUGAGAACGCCGGGCACCUGAUGCACGAGGAUAACCCCGAUGGAGUGUUCGAGGAGGUGGUGAGAUUUGUCUUUGGCGAUAAGGCGACGUAA